UUCAUCUUUAAUAUCGACGCCAUCAGCAACAAGUGUUGUAACUAUCUCGCUAUCAAAAAGUACGGCCAGUUUGACAGCAUCCGUUGGUCUAACGCCAAAUUCGACCAGUACCCUGCCUUCUGUUUCAUCAUCAUCUGACGUAUUACAAAAUGUUUCAUCUUCGAUAUCGACGCGAUCAGCAGUAAGUUCUAUGAUUAUCUCGGCCAGUGCUGCAGUAUCUGUUGGCGUAACACUAGAGUCGUCAAGUGUACUGCCUUUUUUUUCAUCUUCAUCUGCGAUAUUAGUGAGUGUUUCCUCUUUGAUAUUGAAACAAUCAGCAACAAGUUCUGUGGUCAUCUCACCGUCACUUGAAAGUACAGCCAGAGCCACAGCAUCAGUUGUCGUAACGCCUGAUUCAUCAAGUGUGUUGCCUUCUGUUUCAUCAUCAUCUGAAGUAACAGUGAGUGUAUCCUCUUCGAUAUUGAAAGAAUCAGCAACAAGUUCUCUGUUUAUCUCACCAUCACAAAGUACGGUCCGUGCGACAUCAUCCGCCAUAGUAACACCAGAUUCGUCAAGUAUCCCACCUUCUGUUUUAUCUUCAUCUGCGACAUUAGUGAGUGUGUCCACUUUGAUAUCGAAACAAUCAGCAACAAGUUCUCGUUCUAUUUUAAUAUCCCAAAGUACGACCACUACUUCAAAAGGAGAAUCAACAAGCGUAUAUUCUCUUGUUUUAUCGUUAUCUGAGGUAUUGCCAAGCGUUUCAACCCUAGCCACUAUCUCAUCGUCCAAGAAACUUGUGAGUGUGUCAUUUUCGUUACUGGAACCAUCAAGGAGUGUAGUGUCAACAAGUUCUGUGGGCUUGUCUUCUGCUCAAUUGUUACCGAGUUCAACUCCAGCUUUAAGUAGUGUACUUUUUACCUCAUCAUAUUUGUCCAGGGAAACUGUGAGCUUUGCAGCUUCUGUGUCGCCAACGCCUUCCACCGUGAAAGAUACGUUACCUGCUUCAUCUACAGUAACUAUCCCGACUACUCCUGAUCAAGGAACGAUGGAGAGAUUCAUAGUUUACAUGACUAUAACAAAUCAAGAUUAUGACACAAUGCUUACAGAGAAAGAAAGUAAUAAAUACGGAACAUUUUCUAAAGAAGUCGAAGAUUCAGUUAAAACAGCCCUCGAAGAGGUUGAAGGUUUUGUCUACUCUAAAGUGGAAAGAUUUAGUGAAGGCAACAAUAUUAGCUGCCAAAUGACAGUCUUCGUAAAGAAAACGUUUUCUGUUACGGAAGAGAAGAUUCGAGAGAAACUAGGAAACAAAAUAGGUGUCUUGGAAAUAACAGAUGUAAUUGUUGUGGACACGAGCUUGCCACCCACUGCACAGGAAGAGAUUGUUUUUGAAGUAACAGUAACAAUACCAGAUAAAAAUUUUACAGAAGAGCUCAGUGAACCCACGAGCUUAGAAUUUGAAAUGUUGGCUGCAAAGUUGAGUGCAAUACUGACCGACGUCCUUGAAAAUGAAGUUGCAAAUUUUCUUCGUACAGAGAUCACUGGUUUCAGCGAGGGCAGUAUUAUAUGCAAAUUUAAUGUUAUCACAGCCCAAGGUUCUAGUACAUCGAACGAGGACAUAAAAGACGCAUUGACCAACGCGAGCAAAAAUAAUGAGACGUCUGGUUUCACUUUUACUAAAAUUACGGUUGAGAAAAAGGUGGCCUCUGAAAAGCCGCGGACUGGAGAUGAAGAGACAACGUUCCCUGAUUGGGUAAUUGUUGUGAUUGCUGCGUUCGGAGUAAUGGUGUUGCUUAUAGUCCUCAUGAUCUAUUUGAUUUUUAGAAAACGCCGAAUCCAUCAUCAUGCUUUGGACUUUUUGGACAUAUACGAUAACAUUGGUAUCGCGCUAGAGGAUUUUCACGAGCGAAAGAUGACCGUAUGCCAACAGGAAAACGGGAGAACGGAGUAAAUUGAAAGAUGGUAUAUAUAAGAAUGUUACCUAUGAAGAAAAGCAAGUUUAUGUUCCAUACGAACAUUAAACGACCACUCAGCAAUCAAGUCAUUGCACAGUAAAGCAAAGACUGGUAGACAACAUAUGUACUACAUAAACAUAUUUUGAUAAGGACUUGAUAUACAUGCGCUUUUAUUUCAUAAGGAAACGAAACAGAUGUAACAUGUUCAUAACAGACAAAUUUUGCCCUUGGUUGCCAACCUUAAAAGAGGCAAAAAAAAUUGGAACAAUUUUAUGGAAAGGGAAUUUAUUUUGGUUAGUCCGUGACAUCGUGGUGACAUGAUACACAUAACCCAAAAUGAGACUCCUUGUCUUUUUAUUAUCUUGUUCUAAUGUAUUAUAUGAAGUUUAUUUUUGAUAGGUAAGAGGAUUUUUAUGGAUUUAUUAUAGUUUGAAUUUUACUAUUCCGUAGAAUAGGCCCUUUGCAGCUGGGUUCACGUGACCAAACUUUUCCUAGAAAA